AAUGGUGGCAACCUGGAAUACGGCGAGGUGAGCUUUCUGGAAAAUGGUCAAUUAUUUCUUCUCCUCUAAGCGAGCUUCUAGACGAGCUUGAAGUGUUGGCAAUUGAGUCUUAAAAAAGUCGCCAGUCGCCACUCGCUAUUCUUUCGAAAAACUUUUCUAGACAAGAGUUUUCACAUCUGGGUCCAAAAACUGAGAAUUUUAUGCGAUUUUAUUGAAAAUUUGAUCGUUUCAAGCCUCAAGUGUUCCUUAAGGAUUCGGAACUUCCAAAAUUUCCCAACUCAUGCUUCACUGUCUAAAAGUGCCAUUUAGUUCUCUCUCUGCUCUAGCGCAAUUUAUUCCCGAGAAAUGAGCAAAAACGUGACGAAAAACAUGAAAUUUUGCCCCAAUCUUAGAGAGCGCACAUUCAGCUUGCAUAAAACAUUGAACUUGAAACUUGAUUUCAACAUUCUUUUAAGCGAGAACUAUUGGAAAUCGACCGGAGAAAUGGUACGAAUUUUUAAAAGAGGGCGAACUUUUUUCUUUCUUUACUGCUUUCGAUCUGCCGUGUGAAUGGAAGUGGAACUCAUGCAAAGAGAGCGAGCUUUUGAAAAAUUCCUAAAAAUAGUGAACAAUUUACGUUCAAUAAGGCAAAAUCCCGCAUUUAAAAUGUUGGGAAUUAAAUGUUGUUUAAAGAAUGCAACUUCCAUAAGCAAAAGAGUUUCGAAUCGACAUUUGAAACUACGAGACUAAAGGAAAACUACAGGAUUUCGGCCCACUGCACUCGCCAUAAACAUUCCAAAUUAAUCAUCCAGGUGCGGAGCUGCAAGAUAAGAUAAACCUUCCAAUAUAUCAAUUGCGCAAUGAUGGAUUGCACUAAGGAAAAUGACGGAAUUUUAUAUUAAUAGACGUGGAAAUGAUGACUCAAUGCAUGUGCCCUAAACGAUCCUUUUAGCCCUAAUCUCUGCCCAUCAGAACACCAGUAGAGCCAUUGCGGAGCGUUUUAGGCAGCAUAAUCUAAAAUGCUGCUGGGAGCUGUGGUGUUUUUGCUUGCUCUAUUGGGUGUUGAGGGCAAAAUACGCAUCCAACUGCCCACGUCCUCUCAGUGUUUACGCGAGGUUUUAGCCCAUGUGGGACCCACAAGAUCAAUUCAGAUCCUUUCAGGCGAUUACGCUGAUUUGAAGGGGCAAACCUUGAUUGGGGCCCCCAGCUUAGCUGAAGCUCCGCAAGUAUACUGGAUUGCUUCGCAAUCCAGUGAACAGCUCAAUGUCACCUUAAAAGCCCUAGUUGAGGCUCCUGAGUACAAAUCAGCUACGUUCGUUAUUGUCGCUGAUCCAACCACUGAGCAAAGUGCAGUGGACAUUCUCUGGAAGUUCCGAUUGCUGGAUUCUCUAGUAGUGAGCUCGCAAGGCAUCUUCACAGUGGCAUUGAUCAAAUGUGGGGCCACCGUAAGGGCAAAGAAAGUGGGCAGUUGCACCAGCCCCGACCUGCAGGAGUUCGACUUCAAGCAAGCCUUCCUGGGAUGCCCCUUAAAGGUCCUGUGGGUUCGCUAUCCGCCCUACAUGUACGAGCCCAAUCAAACGUCCGGCUGGAAGGGGAUUUUUGUGGAUUUCCUGGAAGCAGUGGGCCACGGUUUGCAACGUCCAAUCCAACUGGCUCCAAGCGAUGCCGACUAUCUAGACGAAGUCUACCAGGGCUACAGCUACGAUUCGGUGUUGCGAGACCUUCAGGAGGCCGAUUUGUUUAUCGGCACUGCCGACACCAGAACGGCCGAGCUUUUCUAUUUAUCGCCCAUUAUAGUGAGCGAUUACGUAACAAUGCUGGCGCCUAGAGCUUUGGUGGACUAUUGGAGCCACCUCAGACGAGCUCUGAGUCUCACGCUGCUGAUCCUGUUCGGGGCGAUGUUUUUCUCAAUGGCUGCGGUGCUGUUCGGAUUGAGCCAAUUGAGGGAUGGAGCGAGCCGAGUUGCUGAUAUAGUGAUGCUGCUCUAUGGGGUCUCGAUGGGUUUGAGCGGCCAUGCGAGGCUUUCGGACUAUUCGCCGCUGAGGCUUUUCCUGGGCCUUUUUCUGGUGGUGUUGAUGGUGCUCAGCUUUUACCUGCAAGCAACGCUGACCAGCGUGCUGUCAGGGCCCACUUACGAACCCUCAAUAUCCAGCAUAGAAGAACUGGUGGAGUCGGGGCUGCCCUUGAAGCUGACCGAACUGUUCAAGCUGGUCUUCGAGUUCGGAACCGGCUCCUACCAAAAGCCCCACAUGUCGGAGCUGGCCAAACGGAUUGAGGUUCUGGAUGAGCCGCUGCUGCUCAACGUUCUGGACGCGAUGAUUCGCGAUAGGAACUUUGCCACCUUGAUGAUCAAUGCUUUUAUGUUCAUGCGACCGAACUUGGAAGGAACCUUCGGUUCCUUCCCAGUGGGCAACAUCGAUCUGUGCUUCGCGAUGGGCAAAAACUCCUACGCUUCGCCACCACUGAACGCCUGGAUCGCGCGCGCUUUGGAAACCGGGUUCUUCGAAAAGUUUAAGCGACUGCACCACUUUGAGUUGGCGCUGAAGUGGAACGUUGAGGCUGCUGGCAGGACCUUUGUGGUCUCCUGGGGCCAGAUUGCGCCUGCCCUCAAAGUGCUGGGAUAUGGAUAUGGGAGCGCGUUUCUUGUCCUGGUGCUUGAGCUGUUGCUUGCCCAGCUUCAUUCGCGGCUAAAGUGAGGCUUUUGAGGGCGGGAAGAUGUCCAUAUACAUAUAUUUAACUUUGGCUGCUUCA